CGUCUUUCAUGGAUCAUCCACCUCCGAGACAUCUCCCUCCAGCCCGCCCCAUUCAACUCUUAGAGCUUCCUCUUGCAGAUGUCGUCCUGCCUCAACCUGACUGGAACGAACUUUCGGUUGGAAUGCAGACAGUUGCUGCUGAAACAGCAAAGAUCCCCAACAUGAAUCCAACACAACAAAUCCUCGCCAUGAAUCAAAACAUGCUUCGACUUGUUGCGGGAUUCAAUCAACUUCAAGAGCAACUGGUCGGAGGGCAUAACACCAUGAUCGAACAUCAAGGGGCUGCGGUUGCACGUCUUGACACCCUCGCUGCAGGUCAAGACGCCACUGCUGCACGUCUCGACACCCUUGCUGCAGGUCAAGACACCACUGUUGCAUGUCUUGACGCUAUUGAUGCUCGUCUUAACGCCAUUAUUGUACGUCAAGAUAUCCUUGCUGCAGGUCAAGGUGUUGCUGUUGCACGUCUUGACAACGUAGUGCAGCGGCUUGACUUGGUCCCAAUGCGUGCCUACAAUGCAACUGCGGGACCAUAUGAACUUGUACAAUACCCCCCUGGCAUUGUGCAAACCCCAGCCAUGCCAACGACUGUGGAGCAAGCCUUGGGAGGAUUCACUGCGACCCAGUAUCUCCAUGCAAUCAAUGAUUUGAUUGCUGCAGGUGCACCUGGUUUGAUGCCAGUAAUAACCAAUGGCAGCUUGCAGGUGAAAAGACAGCAUUUCCUGAGCUACAUGGGUUUUGUUUAAUUGUUCAAUUGUAACUAUUCAAGUAGAAACGCAUCAAUGCGUUUAGUUAAUUGUACUGUACUUGCAUGAAAUAUCAAUAUUAAAG